AAAAGUGUAAAAGUUUGCUUUCAUUAAUAAAUAUAAAAAGACGUUUCCACUUAAUUUCCUUAAAUAUUGACAUAAAAAUAUCAUAUUACAAAUUUAUAACAAUAAUAAUAAUUCAAACACGAUAAUGAUGAUAACAUAAAUAAACAUGAAGGAAACUAACCUCAAACAACCCCCUACUUUCUUCCUUGAAAUAAACCAAUAAAAAAGGAGAGAGAGUUUUAUUUUUAGACAGAAAAAUAACCUGCCUAAAACACAUUUCAACAUCAAAAAAUACAUCACCAUUUAAGCAAACAAACAGAAAAGUGGGGCAAGUGUUUGGCGAAGUGAUUACAACCAGUUAGUUACCCACAUUUUGUUUUCCUCUACACAAUUAAACGAAAUGAAAUGUUUCGUGUUUAAAACAAUUUGGAACAACACAACUUGUAAACCUGUAGCUGGCAAUUAAACAAUUUACACCUUAACAAAUUAAUUUGUAAGAAUUUCCCUUUGCCACUUCAAUUACAAAGUCUCUGGAGUUUGUGGCACCAAAAAUUAAUUGUUUCAAAAGAAAACGUGGCAACAAGACAACACAGAAAUCUCAUUCAACAUGUCUAUGCGUAGCAAUAAAUUAAAUAUACCCACAAAUUUUGUACAACAACAAGCCCAGCUUAUGCAGCAACAACAACAGCAACAACAGCAGCAGCAACAAAAACAACAGCAUCAACAGCAACCACAACCAGAACAUAUGCAGCAGCAGCAACAACAACAACAGCAGCAAUUUAUACCGCCACCACAAUAUCAACAACAACAGCAGCAAUUAUUGGCCCAACUACAGCAGCAACAUAAAUUUCAACAACAACAUCAGCAACUGUCACAGCCACCACCAACACAGCAACAACAACAACAGCACCAGCAACAACAAAACAACAGCAGCCAUUUAAUAAACAAUAGUCGCAAUAAUUUAGCCUCUCUGGUGGCCGCCAUCAAUGCCAAUGAUCAUCACACCUACGGCAGUAAUGUUGGCGCCGGUGGCGGAGCUUCCAUGAUAAAAUCCUCCUCUCCCACCCCCUUAAAUCCACCGCCCUCCUAUUCAGCCGCCAUUGCCCAAAAUCCCCCAUAUCAAUUUUUAAAUCAUUAUCAAGCUGGCAGCAGUGUUAAUGGCCAGGAUAUAAAUCAUCCCAAUAACAAUUCAUUGGUUUUAGCCACUUCACUUGCCGAAUGCGAAGAGCCCGAGGAUGACCAACAUGCUUUACAAUUGCAACAGCACCAACAGCAACAACAGCAGCAGCAACAAUUGUGUGUGGUGGCUAAAAUGCAAAAGUCCGUUACCAUAACCGUUACACCUCAGCGCAGUAAUUCCAUGGAUUAUUUAAAUUUUGAGGAGAAACGUCAAUUAAUUGCCUCCUCCUUGUCGCUGUCCGAUAUAUUGCAGUGUAAUCCGACGAACAAUGUUCAGGCGGGCAAAGAGAAUUUGACUGCUAAAAAACAAAAUGGUGCUGCUUUGCGUACAAAUAGUUUAGGUUCUGGCACGCGCACACCACCUUUGGAACGCAAAAGCAAAUUAAGCGCUUUGGGGCGUUUCUUUAAACCCUGGAAAUGGCGGCGGAAAAAGAAAAGCGAAAAAUUCGAAGCAGCCUCAAAGUCCCUUGAACGCAAAAUAUCUGUACGUGCCAAUCGAGAAGAACUUGUUCAAAAAGGUAUUCUAUUACCGGAAAGUCCGCUGGGGAACAUACAAGAACCAGGUGAGGAAUCAUAUUACAACAAUUCGAACGCCGUUAAUAAUUCCAGCAACAAUGGCAACGGUACGAUUCACUCCUCAAACGUCCAAAAUAAUUCCAUGCUUAAUGCUACCACCGGUGGUAGCAACAUUGGCAAUAGUAUUAAUUCUUCCCAACAACAGCAGCUGCAGCAGCAGCAACAACAAGUUAACAAUGCGUUAGCGAUACAAUUUCAAGGCAAUAACAUGCAUAAUGGUUCGGGUAAUAAUGGUGGAGGCGGUGGCGGUCAAUCUUCUAAUAAUCCUGCCUCCCAAACACAAAAUAAUAAUUCCUCGUCCACAGCAAAUAGUAAUAAUGGCAGUGGCAACAACAACAGCAACAAUAACAAUAGCAACAACAGUGGCAACAAUACAAUUUCCGGUAAUAAUACAAAUGAAAAUUCUACAUCCGGUGGUGUGCCACAUUCACAGUCGGCUCCACAUCAAUUGGGUGGCCAGCAACAAUUACAGCAACAACCACCGCCAUUGACACCACUCGCUCAGCAUCAUCAGGCGUUGGCGCAACAGUUGCAGCAACGAUUUGCCAUCAGCAAUAAUAAUGAACCCAGAAAAGACAAGACUGAUGCACAACACGGUGGUAAUGGCACACUAUCACCCAAUACCGAACAGCCACCCUGUCAGGGUUCGAUGUUGCCACCACCCGGUGGCGGCAACGUUAUUGGCUCUCAACAAAAUCACUCACACAUGGUUAGUGGUCGUGAUCAACAUGAUUCCCAUUCACAAAAUUCCAAAAUGGAACGACCCAAUACAUUGGGCACCAAUAAACUAGCACGACGUGUCAAUGUCUGCUAUGAACACUAUCCCGAUGGUUCUUCAAAUGCCAUGAUGGGUGGUCCUCCGGGUAGUACACCACCACCUUAUGCUGAUGCUGGUGGUCAUCAUCACCAUCAUCAUGAUGGACGAGGUGGUGGUAAAAUGGUUGGCGGUGUUAUGCUGUCUGAAUUGCCAGAGCCUCCAAUACCGGUAUCGGAAAUUGGUCCCAUCCCACCGCCUCCUAUGUUUUCGACACCAUCGCCAACAUUAGUGGCUGGCAGACCGCAUGGCCCGGGCGCCAUUAACGAUAAAGAUUAUCAGCCAUACGAUGAUUAUGAUAACGAUAACGAAGACGAUAACGGUUCUGACAAUGACUACAACUAUCAAACGUAUUCCAAUCAUAUCGACACACAACGCAUUGAGGAAAUUCCAGCCAAAGAGCCCAAACUAAAUGCAGUUCCUCUCAAGUCGGCCCUUAAAAAGAAACCGGGACAGAAUUCAUCAUCUCCCGCCACCCCCAUACAGGAUCACAGCAAUGCCAAUGGUUCGCUGCCCCAGGGCAUGGGUAUGGGCAAUAGCAAUAACAGCGGUGGCUCGUCAACCAAUCAGCGUCCCCUGGUAGUACGACAGGAUGCUACCAAUAGUUAUAAUCUUAAGCCCAUACUACGACCACGGAUUAGAAUAUGUAGGCAACAAAUGUUUAACAUUAAUUUACCAUGUACCAUGGAGAACAAGGAGAAUGCACGGCCAUAUGUGAUACGAGAAACGAGUAGUGAUAGCAGUGAUGAUGACAGUCGUGUACUCUAUCGUGAUGAUGAUACAUCACGUCAAGCCAAAAUAGCGCGCAAGGAAUCGUUAUCAUUGAAAUUGCAAUUGCGUCCGGACAAGCAGGAUCUCAUCAAUCGCAAUAUCUUGCAUCCGGUCAAUGAUAAUGAUAUUAAGGAGAGCAAGGAGGCCAUAGGAGCAAGAUUAAUAAGACGUUUAUCCAUGCGACCCACAGCCGAUGAAUUGGUGGAACGUAAUAUUUUAAAGACAACAACACCCGCCGAAGAGAAAAAGCAAAAAGAAGAAAAAAAAUCAUAUUUAUUGCGCAAGUUGAGUUUUCGACCCACCGUCGAGGAGCUGAAAGAAAAGAAAAUUAUACGUUUCAAUGAUUAUAUUGAAGUGACCCAAGCUCACGAUUACGAUCGUCGAGCCGAUAAGCCAUGGACAAGACUGACACCAAAGGAUAAGGCUGCCAUACGUAAAGAAUUAAAUGAAUUUAAAUCCAGCGAAAUGGCAGUACACGAGGGCAGUCGGCAUUUAACAAGGUUCCAUAGGCCAUGACAAUUGCAAUGGCAGAAAUUAACAACAACAAAAACUCCAUACCCAACAAAAUUUUGUGCAACAAAAUAUAAAAAAUUUUAAAUAAAAAAAAGUCAAAAAUACAAAAAUUUAAAAAAAUCAUAAAAAUUGUAAAACUCACAAAAAAUUACAAAAAAAAAAUAUGCAAAAAAUACUGCAAAAUAAAAAAUCAACUCAAAAAUUUAAACAAAACAAAUAUAUUGUAUAAUUAGAAAACGAAAAAACAACAAGAACAACAACUAAUGGGUUUCAACAACUACAACUCAUAUUAAGCCAACAAUUUUAUUCAGCUAAUACAACAAAAACAGCAGCAGCAACAAAACGAAGAAGACUUUUAAGGAAUUUCAAAAUUUAGAAACAUAAUAAUUUUAUAUAAAACCUAAAUUUUUAAGAAAUUUAUAAGAAAUAAUUGUUUUGUUUGUUAAAAAAAAGGAAGGUAUUUAAGUUUUUUUAUUUUCUGUAUGUAAACUUUAGUUUUGUUUUUAGUUUUAUUUUUAAUUUAUGUCAAAACUUAUUAAAUAAUAAUUAUUUGUUUUUUGAUUGUUGUAUAAUAAAGCAAUAAGUUAUUUUAGUUACAUAAAAUAUUUUCCCCUGAUAUUAAGUCAAAAAAAAUCCCAGAUAUUGUUAUAAAUUCCUUAAAAGUCAAACUGUUUAAAUUGAAAAACAACAAAAGUUUUCAUAUACAGCUGAGUUCUCUUUUUUUUAAAUUAAGAAAGUUUCAAGAAGAAAAAAAAAGUAAACUUUAGUAACACAACUUAAGUGUUAAAACAAGAUUCCAUUAAGAUUAAACAUGAAAAACAAAAAACAAAUUAAUUAUAAAUAAAACUUAAAAAUAAAGAUUUUUAAAUAACAAAAAUGAAAAAUAUUUAAACAAAAAAUAUUGUUAACAUUCAAAAUAAAUAAAGUAAAAGAAAUUUAAAAAAACAUAAAAAAGAAAACGUAGUGAGAAAACAAUAAUCAACCCAAUUUAAACUGAGAUCUUUUGAAAAGAAAUUAAACACAAACAAUUUAAAAUGAAAAAGAAACAAAACAUUAAAUAAAAAACUAAAAAAACACAAAUAUUUUAACAAAAUUUAAACCAGAAAUUUAGAAAAACAUUAAACAGACACAUUCAAAUGCCACAAAAUAUUUAUGAAAACAAAACUAAAAUCGAAUCAGGCGUAAAUUUUUAAAACUUUAAAUUUAUUGAAAAGAAAAAGAUUUUGAUUUUGAUUUUUGUUAAAAAAAAAGUAUCUAAGUGAUAUUUGUUAUUUUUUUAGGAAUUUCCAUUUUCUAAUUGUUUUAUGCCUGAUUAUGAAAACAAAAAUUAUUAAAAUAAAUUUAAUACUUUACUAAUUAAUUGUUUAAUUUUCAUUGUACAUAAUAAUAUAAUUCUAAUUAUUAUUAUUUUUAAUUGUUUUCUUUCAAUUUAAUUAAAAUAAUUCAUUGUUUUAAGUCUUUUAUUAUUAAAAACACAAAAUAAAACCGAAACAAGAUAAACAACAAAAAAAAAACAAACAAUUGAAAUUUCUUUUAUGUAGUAAUUACAAUAAUAACAAAUAAAAUGUUAACAAAUUGAGAAAAUAACAACAA